UUUUCCCCCAGUGAGGCAGCUGCCCGAAAUACUGCCUAUCCCACACCGUGAUUGGUGCACGUCAGUAGUAGACAACUACACGAUCAAGUCACGUUGGCCGCUCAACCACGUUCAAAGUCGCUGGCAUGCUGGUACCCGCCCACAGCUAACCCACUCAUUGUGGACUCCUUUGUCACGAGAAUUCAUGGAAUUAGAGGCGCACACCCCCGCAUCUAGAGACCCUCCCUUCUGAUUGGUUGAAAGUAAAAACACUAGACCCACGUCACGUGGAUAUCGACCAAUGGCCUAGCAGGGAAGUCACGCUUUGCAGUCACCCCAGGGGCGGAGUUAAGAAAGCCAGAGGCUUUAAAAGAGGGGGGCCUCGACCAGUUUGAUCAGUCUGCACCUUCGAGCUUCAACCUCCGAUAACUUUUCAGACGAAUUUCUUCCGAGAGGGAAAGCCACCAACUACUUCGCCAAGAUGAACAAGCUUAGUGUGUUUGUCGUUUGUUGCCUGUUCCUGCAGCUGGCGUCUGGGUUGUCACUCAGUCGACAUGAAUCCACUCGUUCUAAGUUUGACGACUUGCUGCAGAAGUUAAUAGGCGGGCGUAGAACAGGGCAACCCACUACACAGGCCGGACAGCUCUAUGUACCGGCGAUUAUCCGGUACAGCACCACCAAGACUGAGACCCUGGCCGAGGACGAGGAGACGUGGUUCAUUGGGGAGCUGUGCGGCAAUGCCAUGGGGAAGGCCGUGAACGUCACCAUGAAACUCGAUCACAACCCAGGCUGGGAUCCCGUCAAGGGCAUCGUGAAUUACGAGGUUGUCGACUCCAAAUAUCAGGAUGGAGUGUUGUGUACGAACAAGGAUAGCAACGGCUAUCCAACCCCGUAUUGUCUGGUCGACCAUUGGCCCAACCAGUAUGACAUCAUCAUCCUUGCUAAGGCUGGCCCUGUCUCCGGAAUCGCCUUUGGCGUAGACGCAGAGUUCUUUGAGCCGGACAGCCUGAAUGCACUUCAAAUCAAGGCUAACGUGCCAAACCAUCCGCUUCCCAAGACCGUGAGCAUCAAGGGAUUCAAUCCCCAAGAACUUUCGCCUGUCCCGAUCCCCCUGACCGAGUCGGUGUCCGUCUAUCCGUCCGUCUCCCUGAGCUAUCAGCAGGAGGCCAUGAUCCAGUAUACCUGGUGCAGCAACUCCGAAACUCACGCGUUCACCGCCGAGUCCACCGUCACGUCUGCGGACGGCGAGAGCACCUACACGCAGUACAUCUGCGAGAAACUGCCCUGUGACGUUGGUUUGAACAACAUUGCUCAUAAUGGCGAGCAGCUGACUAGCAACGUCAUCAUGACUGAUCCCAUGGCAUACAAAACUCUGUACAUUGUGGUCGUCAACUGGGGAGGUGCGUACGACGAGGAGGCACAGGCUUACGUCGGCAAUUUCCUGUACAAUGCCAAUCAAGUGAAAAUCAUUUAAACCUAAAACAGCCGUCGUGUUCGACACUGUGCGGGCAAAAGCGAUAAAACGCGAUAGUCACGUGACCAAUAUGAGUUUUUAAGUUUUUGGGUAAAGGGUACUAGGGUACUAUUCUAUGACAUUUAUUCAUUUGCGUCGCAUGUAGACUUUUUGGGGUGUCGCUUUUUUUCUUAUACUUUGAAAUCAUUCGGCGAAAUGAGACAAGAUCCGCUCAACACACAUUCUCAACGAAGACAUUAAUAACUGCAUUUCAAACAAUAUGAGAUACUAAACAUUAAAUCCUGGCAUAGUUGAUGUGGGAAACGAAAUGAUAUAAAAAUAUCACAUGAAACCGGAACUCAACAGAGCCCCAUGCUUAGACCCAACAGAUUUUCGUUCAUUUCUUUUAAGUUUAGAUUGUGUUUAUCAUUGUAUACGCAUAUAUUAGUUCUUAGUCGAACGAAGUAUUUGAUUAAAAAAAGUCGUUUAAAAAGUCGUUUGCAUUACACACGUGCCAGGAAACCAACACUGAUCUGGCAUGGUAUUCUGUUCUCUCUGGUUUUAUCCAAGGCACAAUAUAGCUCUGCUACAACUUUCUGGAAAAACUACAUCGUCCGACUUGAAUGUCGGAAUUGAUACUAUAUUCAACAAAAUUUUCGAUUUGAAAACAAAGUCUAACUUCCACUACAAUUUGUUUAAGUCAUUGUGUUAGUUUUUUCUCUCUUUUUUUAUCUAUCGAAAUGAUACUACAACUAGAUAUUUUAGAUAUUUUCAUAUGAUUUUUUUUCCGUUCAGUUCAACAAAGAUGUUCUCUGUUUAGAAUUACAAGUGGGACAGAUAUACGCAGAACGACCUAGUUUCGCCCCAAUUCUUACCAGUCUGACCGGUGGGCUUUCCCACUUUUGACAUAAAUUUCCUCAUAAUUUAGAUAUUUUUUGGAGGCAGCUGUUUUGUAAAAAACGGGUAUAGCCAAUUUUCGUCUUCAACUGAAAUAUUUCAAAACCUACAAGAAAGAAAUGAAAUUGUGUAUUAAACAAUAACUUGACAAUUAAUGUGAUCGAUUUGCCAAUGGACAAACUGUAAGGCGAUUUAUUCCAUUGGGCAAUUUUUAUGUAUCCUUUGUUUUUGUUUUAUUUUUGUUUGUUUGGUUUUUUGUUUUGCUUGGUUUGGUUUGAUUUCAUGACUACUUUUGUUAUUAAUUUUGUUGUUCAGCCAUUUCAGUCUAUAUUGGUCCGCUGUGUAAACACGUGAGAAACAGCUAAAAUACUUCAAACCUAUAGGCCUAGGCCCGUAAAUGCUUUUGUUUUAUUAGUAGUUUUUUUCUCGCAAAGUUUAAUAUGGUGUGCGGGGAAUUUCUUUUAAUGUAAAUAAACUUUUAAAUCAGCAUAA